GCCUCCUUGGUAAGAGCGAGCUUGCGUAGGUGGUGGUGUGUGUGUACCCAGCUACCGCUACGUAUUUCUUCCAGGACCCCCCCCUCGUCGUCCCGUGUUCUCUUGCUUGCUUUGCUUGUCCCCGCUCGCUCUCUCUCUCUCGCGCUUCCCACCUUACCUUACCAACCUGCCUCGAAGCGCAAACACUAGCUCAUCUUUUCCCUCCCGACUUUGCGAAACUUAGUUUACAACUACUACUACUAUCUGUACCAAACUUUUCGCGGCGUGUAGCUUUUUUUUACGUCACAAACGAAUCAUCAUGACGACGAGGAAGAGGAAGAAUGAGGACGAGGAGCUUGUGGCUCUUCCCAGUGAUGAGAGCGAGAGUGAAGAGGAAUACGCCGAAUCCGAAGGCUCAAACUUCGACGAAGACGAAGAUGAUUCCGACGCCGAAGAACGUCCGUCAAAGAGGAGGAAGGCGCACAAGCUCGACUAUCCCAAGAGCGACGAGGACACUGCUGAGGAAUCCGAAGAGGACGACGACGAUGCUGCUGUUGCUGCGCCGCCUGAAGAAGAGGACGACGACGACGACGAAGAGGAGGACGCAAAGCCCAAGGCUACUAAGCCGAGUGGCGCGGAGAAGGACCGGAAAGUCAAGACUACUGCUAAGACGGACCCUGUUCCUGUAGUCGACGACGACGAUGAUGAUGAUGAGUGAUGUGGUAGAUAGUACCAAGAUAGGGUGGAUGAGGUUGUUAGGUUUCUUGUGUAAUGGGCUUAUUUAAAAUGCAAUCUCGGUGGUUAUUCA